CCCGAGCUCCCGGUCCGGGCGGAGCCAGCGCGGCGGCGGCGGAGGGGACCGGGAGCUGGGACCGGGAGCGGCACCGGGAGCGGCACCGGGAGCGGCGGCAGCACCAUGGGGGCCUGUCUCGGGGUCUGCUCCCUGCUCAGCUGCGUGUCAUGUCUCUGUGGCUCUGCCCCGUGCCUGCUCUGUGGCUGCUGCCCCUCGGCCAAGAAUUCCACCAUCUCCCGCCUCCUCUUCACCUUCUUCCUCUUCCUUGGCACCCUCGUGUCCAUCAUCAUGAUAAUCCCGGGCGUGGAGAAGGAGUUGCACAAGCUCCCUGGUUUCUGUGAAGGCAGUGGCUCAGUGCUGGGGGUGCAGACCAAGGUGGACUGCAGCAGCUUCCUGGGCCACAAGGCUGUGUAUCGCAUGGGCUUCGCCAUGGCCGCCUUCUUCUGCCUCUUCGCCGUGCUCAUGGUGUGCGUGAGGAGCAGCAAGGACCCACGGGCCGCCCUGCAGAACGGCUUCUGGUUCUUCAAGUUCCUGGUGCUGGUGGGGAUCACGGUGGGCGCCUUCUACAUCCCUGACGGCACCUUCACCGCAGUCUGGUUUUACUUCGGUGUGGUCGGCUCCUUCCUGUUCAUCCUCAUCCAGCUGGUGCUGCUCAUCGACCUGGCACACUCCUGGAGCCAGCGGUGGCUGCACAACGCGGAGGAGGGCAGUGCCAAGGGCUGGUACGCAGCCCUCUGCACCGUCACCUUCAUCUUCUACGCCGCCUCCAUCACAGCCAUUGUGCUGCUCUAUGUCUACUACACCAAGCCUGAGGGCUGCACGGAGGGCAAGGCCUUCAUCAGCAUCAACCUCAUCCUCUGCCUCAUCGUCUCAGUUGUGUCCAUCCUCCCCAAGAUCCAGGAGGCUCAGCCACACUCAGGGCUGCUGCAGGCAUCCCUCAUCACCCUCUACACCAUCUACAUCACCUGGGCCGCCCUGGCCAACGUGCCGAGCCAGCGCUGUAACCCCACGCUGCUGCUGAGGAACAGCACUGGCUCAGCCACGGCCACUGAGCCCCUGACAACCUGGUGGGAUGCCCCGAGCAUCGUGGGGCUGGUGAUCUUCAUCCUCUGCACCCUCUUCAUCAGCCUGCGCUCCUCGGACCACCCGCAGGUGAACAAGCUGAUGCUGACGGAGGAGAGCGGGGCCGGGGCCGGGGCCGGGCCGGGCGGGGCGGAGGAGGGCGGAGUGCACCGCGCCUACGACAACGAGCAGGAGGGAGUCUCCUACAACUACACCUUCUUCCACCUGUGCCUCCUGCUCGCCGCCCUCUACAUCAUGAUGACCCUCACCAACUGGUACAGGCCGGACGAGAGCCUGCAGGUGCUGAGCAGCCCCUGGACUGCCGUGUGGGUGAAGAUCUCCUCCAGCUGGGCCGGGCUCCUGCUCUACCUCUGGACCUUGGUGGCUCCACUGCUGCUGCCAGACCGGGACUUCAGCUGAGGUGGCCCUGGCUGUGCUGCUGCCACCGUGGCUCUGUCCCUCGAGGCUGGGGACAGCCCCAGCUCUGCCUCAGCCUCCGCUCUGCAGGCUGGAGCUGCUGUGCUGGGCUGUGCCUUCUUGCAGCUCUUUAGUUUUAAUUUGAAAGGGAUGAAGUGCCAAGCAGAGAAAAUUAAGGGCUGGGAGAGACCUGAGGGUGGUUUUAAAGCUCUCAGCAUCUCCGUGUUUGUGUAGUGCCUUGGGCAGUGCCUCCAGACCCUCUCUGCCCAGCAGACACCACUGCCUUGCCUUGGGAGGGUUUGGUUCUCCCCAGCCGCAGGGAUGGGUCCCUGUUGGUGCCUUUUGGGGUCUCUGGGGUCUGGUGGGGUCCCAGGACCCAGGCCCUGGCCAGUAUUGUGUCCCCAGAGAGGGAAACAAAUCUGGAGACUUGUGGCUGGGGCAGAGGCCCUGCUGUGUGCCAGGUCCUGCUGUGUGCCAGCCUUGGUGGUGGCCCCAGCUCCCUGUCCUCUACAGGGCACAGGUCAGUGUCACAGCUCCCUGUGCUCUGUGGGGCACAGGUCAGUGUCCCACAGGCCUGGCCCCAGCUCUUUGCCUCGUUAGUAAAGUCUCGUUUGGAAUAAACACAGUUUAUUUGGA